GAACUGGGUUUGGGAAACAGGGUUAUCUGCUGCUGAUAAGGGCGAUAUUUAAAAGACUAGGAUGAGAUGCACUGGUUCCACUCUGCCGACUGGAGGGAGCGGCGACGCAGCGCGUAAAGAGGAAUUUGACGCACCAUGCUGCUGCUCGCGGUAACCGUAUCCGUUGCCAAUGUGUUUUUGGCUUUCGGAGUUUUUUGCAUGCCAAUAUCGGACCAGGACCCCAACAUUGACCACAGCUGGGGCCAGUCGGUCCGACUCAAGCACCUGUACGCAGCCAGGUCGGGACUACACCUGCUGAUCGGUGAGGAUGGACAGAUCCACGGCUCCGCGCACCAAACUCCCUACAGCCUCCUGGAGAUCAGUCCAGUGGACACUGGCUGUGUUGUCAUCAGAGGAGUAGCAGCCGCGCGGUUCCUCUGCAUUGAAGGCGAUGGGAGACUGUACUCAUCGCACACCUACAGCAGAGACGACUGCACCUUCAGAGAGCAGAUCUUGCCAGACGGCUACAACGUCUACGUCUCUGAGGGACACGGAGCUCUGCUCAGUCUGGGAAACUACAGGCAGAGGCUGCAGGGUCGAGACCGGGGCGUACCGGCUCUGGCCCAGUUCCUCCCAAGAACCAGCACCCUGGAUCAGGCUUCGUCCCCUGGACUGGAGGUACCUGACCAGCCGCGACAGAGCACAACACAAACAGAAGAGCCUGUGGACUCAAUGGACUCGUUCGGAAAGCUCUCUCAGAUCAUUCACAGUCCCAGCUUCCACAAGAGAUGAGACAGGUGAGGCAGGAGACACCAGUAAACGGAUGUAUCAUGAGGUUUCCCAUUUGAUCUCAGGCCUGAAAAACGUGCUCUCCUCACUGCAUGUUGUAGAACCAGGAACUGACUGAAUGUUCAGCCAGCCUGCACCAGGAAAAGGUUGCCACGACAUCCUUCCAGCUCUGUCCAGUCCCACAUGACUGAACAGAAUACAAGUGCAGUGUCCUACAGGGUGGAGAAUGACACCUGUACUGGUUUGUUUGGAAUAAAGACAAGGUAACAUGAUUGGUGACCAAAGAUGAGAUAUGAGUAGCACCUAUAGAAACUUGAAAAAAGGGAAAGAAUAGUACACUACUGGCCACAGUGUUUGAUUUACAGGUGAGGUGACACAUUAAGGAGUACCAACGGGAUCAGACAUUGUGCAUACUUGUUUGCCAUCCUACACAACGAGGGGGUUAACACAACAGCAAUCUUAGGCCAUACUGCCUCAGUGAACUGAGGAAGAGGAAAAAGACUUUGCUACCUGCAGAUCAGCAUGUUGGUAAAAUGACCAGUAGUAUAAUAUUCAGUUAAAAAAAUGACUACUUGUCUGACAAAAAGUAUUUUUUCUUGUAGUACAGCAGUAAAAUUGUAUUUAUUUGAUAUUUGAAGGUAUAGCUGUUUAUCUAAACAGCUCUUAUGCUUUAUUGAAUGCACUGUUUCAUUUUCAUAUGUAUGAUGUUUGCUGUUACAUGUAAAGCCACAAUUUGCAUUGCUUGAGUUUAAUUUGAUAGAUUUUGUAAUAAGGUCUUCUAAGCUGUGUUAUAAAUACUUGUCACAUU